CAUUUUGCUGCAGCACGGCCACGUAUUUUUGUGUUUUUAAUCGUUGCGGUAGCCGGGGGUGCUUGUGAAUCCCAAAUUUCAACAUAAAACUGCCUGUUAUAGGACUUUUACAAACGUAAUUUCAGUUAAAUCAAGUUAAAACAAAUUUCGCCAACCCAAAAUGGAUUCCAUGGUGCGGUACAUUUCCCCGGUCAACCCGGCCGUGUUCCCCCAUUUGGCCGUUGUGCUGCUCCUGUUCGGAACAUUCUUCACCGCGUGGUUUUUCGUGUUUGAGGUUUCCCGACCCAAGUCCAAGGAUGGUGUUAUCUUCAAGGAGCUGCUUAUUUCGCUGAUAGCAUCGAUUUUCCUCGGCUUCGGAAUUCUGUUCCUGCUGCUGUCGGUUGGAAUCUACGUGUAAAUGUGCUGCUGAAAAGCUGUAUGGUAAUUUAUAAGUUUCUACGUUUUUUCCGCUGCUCGGGACUACAAUACAAUGUUCAAAAUCUCGAUUUACUGAUGAUUGAUAUGUGGCUUUUGAGCUCCGGGAAGCCAGAAUGAUGCCGCCGGGUAUGGUCGCAUUUUGGCUAAAGAAUACUAAAUUGUAAGAUUAUAAGUACUGCUCUGUGUAUGACCAAUAA